AUGCCAACCCCUCUCUUUAUUCCAAUCUUUCUCUUUAUUCCAACCUCUCUCUGUAUUUUAACCCCUCUCUUUAUUCCAACCUCUCACUAUAUUCCAACCUCUCUCUUUAUUCCAACCUCUCUCUUUAUUCCAACCUGUCUCUUUAUUUCAACCUCUCCCUUCAUUCCAAUCUCUCUCUUUAUUCUAACCUCUAUUUUAACCUCUCUCUAUAUUCCAACCUCACUCUUUAUUCCAAUCUUUCUCUUUAUUCCAACCUCUCUCUUUAUUUUAACCUCUCCCUUUAUUCCAACCUCUCUCUUCAUUCCAAUCUCUCUCUUUAUUCCAACCUCUCCUUUCAGUCCAAUCUCUCUUUUUAUUCCAACCUCUCUCUUUAUUCCAAUCUUUCUCUAUAUUCCAACCUCUCUCUUUAUUCCAAUCUUUCUCUAUAUUCCAACCUCUCUCUUUAUUCCGAUCUUUCUCUAUAUUCCAACCUCACUCUUUAUUUCAACCUCUCUCUUUAUUUCAACCUCUCUUUAUUUCAACCUCUCUCUUUAUUUCAACCUCUCUCUUUAUUCCAACCUCUCUCUUUAUUUCAUUCUCUCUCUUUAUUUCAACCUCCUCUUCCUCGGACAAGCAGCAGAAAUCAUUAUCAUGUUCUUUUUUUAUUCUUCUUUUAAGACUACUAUCAACACCAACAGCAUCAGCAAGUGUCAUCGCAAUACAAUUGUAGCAGAAGUUCGAGUAAUUGUACUAAUCGUCUGUGCCGUUCGCAAACGUAAACUUGCACUGAGUGACUCUUUCCCCUCUGCCUUUCCUUUCUUGUUCACCAACUCUUGA